AUGCAUCCAAAUUGGACAAGUUCAUGGGAUGGACACAAAAAUGAUAUGGCUUUAAUUUAUUUAGUUGAAUCGCUUGAUCUCGAAAUGAGUCCUUUUAUUAAUCGAACGUGUGUGUAUUUUGGUGAUUUUGGUGGACUAAUACUUCAAUGGAUAGAAAACCAUUGGGAACAAGUCGAUAUAGCAUCUUUUAAUAGAGGUGGCUGUGAAUUGUCACCUUCUGAAGCUUAUAUUAGACUUGCAUAUUAUCGUGAUUGGAGUGAAUCAUACAUUGGUAAUAGAAGUCAACCUGAUAUGACAAUAUUAACAACAAUAAAUAUAACACUUAGUACUACAGCAGCAACAUAUUUAACUACUUAUGAAUGUGACAAGCAGACAUGGCCAUGUGGAUGUGGAUAUCGAAAUGUGAAACUUACUCAAUCGAACAUUCUGUAUGAUGAAGAUGCCAUCGAUCAGAGUUGA